AUGGCGCUGGUGAUGGAGCCGGUGAGCAAAUGGAGCACCGGCCAAGUGGUGGACUGGAUGAAAGGUCUGGAUGACUGCUUGCAGCAAUAUGUGUGUGUGUUUGAGCGCGGAGGUGUGUGUGGGGAGAGGCUGCUGAGGAUCAGCCACGCUGAGCUGGAGGAACUGGGAGUUUCUCGCAUCGGACACCAGGAGCUCAUUCUGGAGGCUGUCGACUUGCUCUGUGCUCUGAACUCGGGUCUGGAGACGGAGAGCGUCAGGACUCUGGCUCACAAACUCGGCGCCUCGGCCAAAAACCUGCAGAACUUUAUUUCCGGCCGCCGCCGCAGCAGCCAAUCGGAGAGCAGGUCCUCUCGGCGGCUGCCCAACGAUCUGCUGACCUCCGUGGUCGACCUCAUCACCGCCGCCAAGAGCCUGCUCGCCUGGCUGGACAGGUCUCCCUUUGCUGCAGUGGCAGACUACUCAGUAACCCGAAAUAAUGUCAUUCAGCUCUGCCUGGAGCUCACCACCAUUGUACAGCAGGACUGUACGGUGUUUGAGACGGAGAACAAAAUCCUUCAUGUGUGCAAGACUCUGUCGGAGGUGUGUGAGCACAUUGUGUGUGUGUCAUCCGACCCGCUGGUUUCUCAGUCAGCCCACCUCGAGCUGGUUCACCUCACCAACAUCAAAACCUCUGAAGGCCUGGGAAUGUACAUCAAGUCAACCUACGACGGCCUCCAUGUGAUCACAGGAACCACUGAAGGGUCUCCAGCUGACCGCUGUAAGAAGAUCCAUGCGGGAGAUGAAGUCAUCCAAGUCAAUCACCAGACUGUGGUGGGCUGGCAGUUACGCAACCUGGUCGGCUCGCUGAGGGCCGAUAAAGGCGUCGUGUCCCUGACCCUGAAGAAGCGUCCACAGAGCACGCUCAGCUCCGCCCCUGCUCUGCUGAAGAACAUGCGCUGGAAACCCCUGGCUCUGCAGCCAACCAGAAGCCCAGGCAGCAGUUCGGCCACGCCCUCGGGCACGCCCACCAAGAGCUCCGCCAUCCAGGACCUUUACAUCCCCCCUCCGCCCGCUGAACCAUACACACCCAGAGAUGAGACAGGAACCUUGCCGGGAGAUGAUGCAUCCCGUAACCACGGUGGCGUCAGCGUUGCUAAGCGCUCUGAGUCACCUAACUCCUUCCUGGAUCAAGAGUCUCUCCGGCGAGAAGAGGAGGAGCCCAUGUACUGCACCACACCUACAUAUGGCAGGCUGAGGCCCAUCUCCAUGCCUGUGGAGUGUAACUGGGUGGGCGACUAUGAAGAUCCAGCCAAGCUUAACAGAGAAAGCCGCAGAGAGGCGUCACUGAUGCGAUACGUAGGACUGGCCGGCGUGGAUGAGAGGACCGGCUCUGAAGACUACUCCUCCCACACGACUCGUCCGGGCAAACGGACCAAUGACACGGCCAAGCGUGCCAAGAGGCGGAGCCACCACAGCCAAAGCCCCUCCCACUACGUCCUCCAGACAAAUAUGAGGGAUUCUCCACCUAAAGACCCCGCCUCCAUUUAUCAUACAUACCAACAGUCCUCCUCUCUGCAGUCAAAGAACAGGAAGAAAAAUAGAGGACGAAGUUUGGCCUCGCUGAGUCGGAGGCGUGUUUCCUGCAAGGCGCUGGGCAGAGGAGACUGCGAGGGCUGGCUGUGGAGAAAGAGAGAUGCGAAAGGUUACUUUUCUCAGAAGUGGAAGAAAUACUGGUUUGUUCUGAAGGACAACUGCCUGUACUGGUACAUCAAUGAGGAGCACGAACACAAAUUCUAUGGUAACUACAGCCUCACGCAUGUAAACAAGCCAACUGCUUUCAAAGCAUGUCACCCCAAGGUCAAGAGUUUCUACUUCGCAGCAGAUGGAGUGGAUGACAUGAACAGAUGGCUGAGUCGUCUCAACAUGGCCGCUGUGGGCUACGCAGAGCGAGAGAGGAUACGCCAGGAGCAAGAUUACUGGAGUGAGAGUGAACACGAGGAGGACACCACCUCCAGCCCCAAACAGGACAGUCCCCCACCUCCAUAUGAUACCUACCCACGGCCUCCAUCAAUGAGUGCCUACCUGGAAGGCCGGACCACUCGACUUUCUUCCACGGAGACGUCUCGUUCCCGCUCAUCCCAGGAGGACUUCCUCUGCGGCGAUGCCCCCGCGGUUGCCGCAGAGCCGCAGUACCAUCCGGGUCCUCCCGGGGGAGGCACCACGCACAGCGGGAGGAAACCGGGGGGCAGCAGCAGCAGCGACGUGCAGUUCAGAUGUGAUGCUAUAGAGUAUCGGUCCAGUCCUGCAGGGGGCAGCAGUGAGACGGGGUCUCCGGGCCGUUCCUCUUCGUCUCAGAGACGUUCCUGGCAGGACCUGAUUGAGACGCCGCUGACUGAGGCUGGACUGCACUACCUGCAGACUGGACCGCUAGAGGAUGCCGUCUUUGCUGAGCCCGGUCCGGGUGGUGGGUCCAUGAUGGCCGGAGCCGUUUACACUCUCCCCGCACAGAGGAACGUCCCGUUGCCCAUGGCGAUGCAGAGGCUGAUUCCUAUGGCAACCCAGGGAGGGAAACCCCGCAGCUUCACACUGCCACGAGACAGCAACCUACACACACUGCUCACGCCCCCUGCCAAAGAAGAACAGCAAACACACAAUAGCGGCAGCGAGGGCGCUUCCCUGGGCGACCUGUUUCGGGCGUGCGAGCAGGGCGGCGUGUGUCCUCUGGGUCGCGGGUCGGACGCCAAAGGUCAGUCAGAGUGCAGGCAGUCGUUCCUCCGCAGAGCCGCCGACCCUCAGCUCAACGAGCGUCUGCACCGCCUCCGCAUACUGACGUCGACGCUGAAGGACAGGGAGGGGGAGCUAGCGUUGAUUGACAGGCUGCUGGCCAAUCCCCAGCUGUCGUCGGCAGAGUUCCAGGAGUGGAAACGAGCCUAUCAGGAGCUGUUCUCUCAGGAGCCAGACUCGACCGCUGAAUCAGACCCCGGCCCGCCCCUCACCCCCUCGCUCUCUCACACACACUCCUACAUCGAGACCCACGUCUGA